AACAGCUGGAGACAAAAUCAGGAUGUGACAUCACUGGCAGGAAAAAAGGCAGUUUGUUUAAUGCAAACUUCACUCAGCAGCAUUGCUGUGAGUGUCCCAUGCUUAGAGCUGGGAGGGUUCUCUGGCUUUAAACCCCUGAUCAGCUUCACAAGCAGACAUUGUCUAAGGAUUUAUAUGGUGCUGCCAGUCUGACACACUCAGCUCCUUCUAACAAGAGACUUCAAACACUACUGUUACCUAAUCCGCAUUUAUGGUGGUGGGUUCCCAAACCUGCUAUGGCUCUGUGCCUCAACCAAGUGUUUAACAAAGACAAGACAUUUCGCCCCAGAAAGAGGUUUGAACCCGGAACGCAACGCUUUGAACUAUACAAGAAAGCACAGGCCUCCCUGAAAUCUGGCUUGGACCUCAAAACCGUGGUUCAGCUUCCCCCAGGGGAAAACAUUAAUGACUGGAUAGCUGUGCACGUUGUAGACUUUUUUAAUAGGAUUAACUUGAUAUAUGGCACCAUGUCAGAGUUUUGCACAGAGAAAAGCUGCCCCAUCAUGUCUGGUGGGUUUAAAUAUGAAUAUCGGUGGCAGGAUGACAAUAAGUUCAAGAGACCCACCAAGCUCUCUGCUCCACUGUACAUGAACAUGCUUAUGGAGUGGAUUGAAACCUUAAUUAAUAAUGAAGACAUCUUUCCGACCAGGAUGGGAGUCCCGUUUCCGAAGAAUUUCCAGCAGGUUUGUCACAAGAUCCUCACCAGGCUGUUCCGAGUUUUUGUUCAUGUCUACAUCCAUCACUUUGACGGAAUUAUUAGCGUGGGAGCAGAGGCGCACGUCAACACCUGCUACAAACACUUUUAUUAUUUCAUUACAGAGUUCAGUCUUAUCGACCAUCGAGAGCUUGAACCGCUGAAGGAAAUGACAGAGAGAAUUUGCCACUGACCUAUUGAUCGGCGCUAAUUUUACCACUUGGAGGACAAUACUCCGAUAUCAUGCCGAACAAUUACUGCGAAAUUGGAAUCUUCCAAGAGCCCUUCCAGUCAAUGUGAAUUCCUAAAUUUCAAGCAAGAACCAAAAUCUGUGCCUAGUCCUCGAUUCACAAGUGCAUCCAACAACAGCGGGGAAAAAGGAGAACUAUGUUUAUAUAUUUAUUCAAAAAAAUGUCUUAAAAAAACGUGGUGGUCAUGUUCCUUUUCUGGGAAUAGGAGACUUGGAAUGUCCAAAGUGAAUGUUUUUUGGUGACUACCGAAGUCAUGGGAUGAUGGACAAUGUACUCUAAAACCGCUUUGAUUAUGUGCCUUAAAACUUUGUAAGAAUCUACUACGAUGACGGACAUCCCUAGCGAAGCCUUAGAAUUGUCUCUUGUUUACUUGUGUCUUUACAGAGGUGAAAAAUGUGUAAAUCUUAAAGUGUAAAUAAACUUUCCCAACAUACUUUAAAUUCCUGAAAAAUAUGGCAUUUCAAACAAGCUGAAAAUUAUGGACCAAUUUACUAGGAUAAAAACUGAACAGCUGAA